ACCAGCAAGAUCCCAUCUAUAAAUACCACCACCUCUGACCGUCUUCCUCCUCGCCUUCGUCUCCGCCACUCCAACCACCAACUGCCGUGCCCACUCCGCGCGGUGCGCCCCCAUCCCCAUGGAGGAAGGAAGGAAGGAGAUGGCCAUGCGGGAGCUGCCGGCGGGGUCGGAGUCGCCGCCGCCGGUGCCGCCGCCUCGCCGCGGGCUGCGGUACAACUCGCCGCUGGUCCAGGUGUCCCUGAUGGGCCUGGUGUGCUUCUGCUGCCCCGGCAUGUUCAACGCACUCUCCGGCCUGGGCGGCGGCGGGCAGUUCGACCACACCACCGCCGACAACGCCAACACGGCGCUCUACGCCUGCUUCUCCGUCUUCGGCAUCCUCGGCGGCGGCGCCCACAACCUGCUCGGCCCGCGCACCACGCUCCUCCUCGGCUCCCUCACCUACCCGCUCUACGCCGCCUCCUUCCUCUACUACAACCACCGCCGCAAUUCCCAGGUCUUCCCCGUCACCGCCGGCGCUUUCCUCGGCGCCGGCGCCGGCCUACUCUGGGCGGCGCAGGGCGCGAUCAUGACCUCCUACCCGCCGCCCAACCGCCGGGGCAGCUACAUCUCCCUCUUCUGGUGCCUCUUCAACCUCGGCGGCGUCCUCGGCGGCCUCCUCCCCUUCUCCUUCAACUACAACCGGCGCGCCGACGCCGCCAACGUCAACGACGCCACCUACAUCGCCUUCAUGGCCUUCAUGCUCGUGGGCGCCGGGCUCACCUUCCUCGUGCUGCCCCCGUCCAAAAUCGUCCGCGACGACGGCACCCGGGCCACCAGUGUGACAUACUCCUCCGUCUCCACCGAGGGCUGGGAGAUCCUCAAGCUCUUCACCAACUGGAGGAUGCUGCUCGUGCUCCCCGCCGCCUGGGCCAGCAAUUUCUUCUACACCUACCAGUUCAACAACGUCAACGGCCUCCUCUUCACCCUCAGGACCAAGGGGCUCAACAAUGUCUUCUACUGGGGCGCGCAGAUGGUCGGCUCCGCCGGAAUUGGAUACUUCCUCGACUUCGGCUUCUCCAGCCGGAGGAAGAGGGGGCUCAUCGGGGUCGCCGCCGUGGCCGUGCUGGGCACGGCGAUUUGGGCGGGCGGCCUGGCCAACCAGCUCAGGUACCUGGAUGGCACGUUUCCGAAUAAGAUCGAUUUCAAGGAGGGCAGCCGAUAUGCAGGGCCUUUCCUGCUCUACUUCAGCUACGGAUUGCUCGACGCCAUGUUCCAGAGCCUCAUCUACUGGAUCAUCGGCGCGCUCGCCAACGACUCACAGAUCCUCAGCAGAUAUGUUGGUUUCUACAAAGGAGUGCAGAGCGCAGGAGCAGCUGUGGCAUGGCAAGUCGAUACCCACAAGAGAUCCCUGCUGUCGCAGCUGAUCGUGAACUGGGGGCUCACCACCAUCAGCUACCCAUUGCUCGCGCUUUUGGUGUUCUUGGCUGUGAAGGACGACGACAACUCGGUCUCCAACGUGGAGGAUGGCAAAGAGAAAGAUACCAAAAUGGCUGCGCCAACAAGCUUCCAUUGAGGGUAAAUAGAGGUCAUUACAGUCAUUCCGUGUGUUCGUCUUCAGCGCGGUAUCUAGAAACUUAUCAGGCAGGUACAUUGGUCAUUGGUUUAGGUCGGUGGUGAAUGAACAAGUACUCAAAGUGCAAUCUUGUGUUGUGCUUAAUUACCCAUGUGAUUUUUCCUCUGUUCUCAUGUGAUUUUUCCUC